CUUCUGUCAUCAUGACCGUAAUGAUUUUCUCUUUCUUUUCCCUUUCCUGGAUCCCAGAUCUGUGCUCAUGCUGGUUGAUGGCCGCGGAUAAUGUUCUGACAAUACAACGAAUGGAUCCUAUUCAAUACCCAGGGAUGGUGGGAUCUCAUGUUCAUUCUGUACUAGGAGAAAGUUGCUUUAGCUUAAACAUGUCAACAGCCAAUUUGCAAGAUAGUAAAUGUACAUUGUUACCCAUUCAGGAAGAUAAGAGUGAUUAUUGGUAUCUAGUAUGUCUUUUUCACAUGGUGCUUUGGGAUUUCUUCUAAUCCAAACAUUGAAAUCAUCUUUUCUGGUAGAAAAAUGAUGGAUCAUUUGUUACUGUGAAUGAG